UCAUUUCAAAACCUCAAAAAAUCCAAAUUCAUUUCAUUUUCGAAAACAUUGUUCGAAUCAAUUACUCAAAAUUCAAAAUUUUCUAAUAAAAAUAAAUUUCCUCUAAAAUCACCACAAAGAAAUGGCCAAAAAGGGAGGUGGAAAAGGUGGCAAAGAUAAAGGCAAAAAGGGCAAGCCAGCACCGCCACCACCAGCUGUGGAGAAACCCAUUGAAAAGGUGGAAGAACCCAAACCCGAAGAACCAAAGAAAGAGGAACCCAAAAAACUUGAUGUCGAAGAGCCGUGCGUUUUCAAUUGUGCUCAAGACACGGUUACCUAUCGACCGAAUUCUUAUCCUGGUCUUCUGGAACAUCCCAGGACCAUGGCUGUUGUCGGUUCCGAAUGUGGUUCAUACGACAGUCUGUGCAAGCUGAUACACGCCGCAUUUCGCUGUGCCGAUCGUGUCUACAUUAUGGUCCCUUGGGGUAAUUAUGUCAUAUUCCGUUGGCACGAUGGUUCGAAAAUGAUUUAUUUCGUUUUCGAUGGCUGCACCUGCAAUGUGAAUCGUUUCCGUUAUUUGGAUUUGUCAUGCGGCACCUGCGGUCUGCUGUACUUCGAAGAGAUGCACAAAGUAAUCAAUUAUGUAAUAAUGUCAAGACAACGGCGGGAGGAAAUUAAACGACUGAAACGCUGCAUUGUCGAUGACGUGUGCAAGGAGAUGUACGGAGAUCAACAUAUUUGAAAAAAUAUGAAUCAAUAACAUUUGGCAUUUAAA